AAAGGACCAUGUUGCUCAUUUGCAGUGGAGUUGAAUGCAAGAGAGAAAUUUGUAAAAUUGCUUCACUGUUUUCUCUCAAAAGCUAUAGCUAACUGAAGCAGUCUGCAAAACCACAUCUCUGCAUGCAGCAAUGUCUUGUCCACUAGCCCUCAUUUCAACCCCCCCUCAAAGCCCCUGCUCUAAGAAGCCUCCAAUGACUCUGACCCUCCCAAUGCUGCCAAAAUCUGCCAUCGCAUUGAGAAGGACUUUCACACCAGCAAGCCCUUGUGAAGCAAUGCCUUCAAGCGUAGGAAUUGCAAAACUCAAAUCUAAGACAAAGCUUGGAAAAGGUUGCAGUCUUCUAGAUUGGAUCCGUCUCUGCAGAAGCAAGAAAACUGAGUUCUGCUGCAAUGAUGGAACACCCAGAGGCAUUAGUGAAAGGGAGCUUGCACGUCAUUGCACAAAAGAAGAUGCUUGGACCGCCAUUAGAGGCAAGGUGUACAACAUCAGUCCCUACAUGAAAUUCCACCCAGGAGGUGUUGAAGAUCUUCUGAAAGCCGCUGGAAAGGACGCAACUAUUCUCUUUGACGAGGUUCAUGCAAGAGUGAACAUCGAGUCAAUGCUCAAGUUUUGCUUUGUUGGCCCCCUUGUACCCAACUCUCCCUCCACCCACCGUCGAAACAGUAUGAAAAUCGCAGAGGCUGGAGCUAGGAUUCGGUCUUCCUCCCUCAAAUUAGGAUCAUUACCAUUGCAAGCGCUGACAAAUCUGCAACAACGUCGAGGGGCUACUCAAGCCGCAGUGGCAUGCGAAGAACACGACGGUAGUAAACAGGACUCCCCCGAAAGCCCUGUGAAAUUGUUCGUACCAUCUGUGACGAAGCAGCUGCCUCUGUCUGAGGAGAGGCAUGAAGCAGAGGAAUCUGCUGGAAGACUGAUAGUACCUGAGGAUAGAGCAAGGAAGAACUCGGAUGUCACAAAGCCCUAUCCAAAGUUCGACUGGAUACAGAGUGAAAAAGCCAUCAAUAUUCGUGUGGUGACUCAAUGCAACACCAUGAAGUGCUCUGAUGUGAUUAUCGACUUGAAUGGCAGACAUUUUGAAGCCACAAUUUUCAUCAAUGACUGGGUGUAUGAGCUCAAUAUUGAGCUGGAGCAGACAAUUGUCAGCUCUCAAGUGACUGUGACUGGUAGCCGAGUAGAGAUUACCCUCAAGAAGCACGAUAGCCAAGAACUGUGGACCAGCAUUGGAACAUUCAGUCCUGGCCAUCUCAACCUCUACCUCAAGCACAAUAGGGAUACAAAAUAUCAUCCAACUACCGUUGAAGCCAUUACCUCAAUUACUCAUGACUCCAAGGUCUUCACUCUUCGUGUUCCAGCGGGCUCUUACCUCAACGUACCCACCGGCCAUCACUUAGCCGUGCGAGCCGAGGUCGAUGGAGAAAGCAUUACGCGUAGCUACACUCCGAUAUGCUCCAACGAAGACCUCACACGUCACACACCCGCCCACGUAGAGGGGCGGAGCGUCCAGCUCAUGGUCAAAUUGUACAAAGACGGUAAAAUGUCGCGGUACCUCUCCGACUUGAAUAUAGGUGACGAAGUGUGGCUGAGCGAUCCGGACGGGACAUUCAACUCGGCAAAAAUGGCCAAUACGAAUCUCGUGCUAGUGGCAGCAGGCUCUGGUUUCACGCCAAUGGUGAAGUUGCUUCGUGACUUCUUUCACACUGAGCUGGUGGCUAGAGAACAGGAGACGAGUGAUAACCAAACAGACGGCUCUACCAACAAACAAAGGGAACACGCAGAGUGUCCGACAAGCACUGCCAAGCUCCUCUUUGCUAACAAGACAGAGAGUGACAUUUGGUGGAAGGAUGAAAUGCGACAGAUUGCAAAGAUGGAAUCAGAAAGGUUCGAAGUUGUUCAUGUCCUCUCCGAUACCAAGGACACUCUUCCGAGUGAUGGAGUCAAAGGUCGUAUCAACAGCACUCUCCUGAGAAGCUACCUACCCUCUGAUAAUGACGAGCGCAACAAGACAUUGGUAUGCAUCUGUGGACCCUGUCAGUUCACAGCCGCCAUUAGCAACUUGUUAUUGGACGAGGAUUACCCUGACGAUUGCAUCCACUGCUUUAUGUGAACACUCACAGCCAUCACAUUAUUAUAACCUGGCAUAUUUCGAACCUACCAAGCUCUUUGUGUUUUAAUUGUAUCGCAUGUACUGUACACAUUAUGACAGUAUCAAAUUAUUUUUUUUAAGGGAACUCAUGAUCAUUGUAUACCGACUUGCAUUCACAUCAUAACUUAUUUGUGCCUGUUUGCUGAAAAGAUUUUGAAAAUGAA